CUAUGACCUACGACCAGGGAGGAGGAGAAGAAGAAGAACAGGAAGAACUCGUCAUAAGGCUUAAAGCCAUUAACCCAAAACACCCAAUUCUUGUUUUGGCCUAUCACUUCCAUCUCUAUUCUAUAUUUUUCUUUUUUAUUUAUAUUUAUUUUGAACGAGAAUAAGACAGAUAAAGGGCUCAAGCGCGAAGACUUUUAUAUUUUCUCUCUUUCUCACACACACUUACUCUGGCUUCAAGGGCAGACUAAAGCCAUGGCUACAAAGAAAGUUAUAGCAAUAUGUCAGUCCGGGGGAGAAUUCGUCACCGACAAAGAUGGAUCCCUCUCCUACACUGGGGGUGAGGCCUACGCUGUGGACAUUGACAAUGAAACCCAACUCAAUGAUUUCAAGUCAGAAAUAGCUGAAAUGUUUGAUUUCAAUGCUGAUACUAUGAUUAUUAAGUAUUUUCUUCCGGGCAAUAAGAAGACCCUCAUCACCAUCUCCAAGGACAAGGACUUGCAACGAAUGGUCAAUUUUCUUGGGGAGGCUGUCACUGUCGACGUCUUUGUCAUGUCUGAGGAAGCUGCUGCGAGAAAUGUAUCCAACAUGCCUGCUAGUAGGUCAAGCCGGACAACUGUAUCGGAAGCAGUGGUUCCUGUUGCUGAGGGUGUUGAUGUUGUGAUUGAGAAUGGCACUGAUAAUCAUCAAAAUGAGUUGAGGCCAUAUGAAUUUCCUCUGGUUUGUGUUCCUUCUGGUUUGAGCGACGACAAUCAUCGUAAAGCUGCUCAGCAGUGGGAAAACACAAUCACCGGUGUGGAUCAAAGGUUUAAUAGUUUUAGUGAGUUCCGGGAAGCUUUGCAUAAAUACUCAAUUGCACAUGGAUUUGUUUACAGAUAUAAGAAAAAUGACAGUCACCGUGUCACUGUCAAAUGCAAGUCCCAAGGUUGUCCAUGGAGAAUAUAUGCUUCAAGGUUGUCUACUACCCAGUUGGUUUGCAUCAAGAAAAUGCACACGAAUCACACAUGUGAUGGAGCUGCUGUGAAAGCUGGGUAUCGCGCAACUAGAGGUUGGGUGGGAAGUAUCAUAAAGGAGAAGUUGAAAGUUUCUCCAAACUAUAAGCCUAAGGAUAUUGCUGAUGACAUCAAACGGGAGUAUGGGAUUCAGUUGAAUUAUUCUCAGGCAUGGCGUGCAAAAGAGAUUGCUAGGGAGCAGCUUCAAGGCUCUUAUAAAGAGGCAUAUACUCAGUUACCCUAUUUUUGUGAGAAGAUAAAGGAAACAAAUCCAGGCAGCAUUGCUACGUUUAGCACAAAGGAGGACUCAAGCUUCCAUCGUCUGUUUGUAUCUUUCCAUGCCUCAAUUGUGGGUUUUCAACAAGGUUGCCGCCCUCUCCUUUUUCUUGAUAGCACAGCUUUAAACUCAAAAUACCAAGGGGUGUUGUUGUCUGCAACAGCUGCAGAUGGAGAUGAAGGUAUCUUUCCAGUUGCCUUUGCUGUUGUGGAUGCUGACACUGAUGAGAACUGGCAUUGGUUUUUAACAGAACUCAAAUCUACAAUUUCAACAUCUGAGCCGCUUACAUUUGUUGCGGAUUUUCAGAAUGGUAUAAAGAAUUCAUUGGCUGAGGUAUUUGAUAAGUGCUACCACUGCUAUUGUUUACGCCAUCUCGCAGAGAAACUUAAUAGGGACUUGAAGGGUCAGUUUUCUCAUGAAGCAAGAAGGUUCAUGAUUAAUGACUUCUAUGCUGCUGCCUAUGCAUGCAGACUAGACGAUUUCGAGCGAAGUGUGGAUAGCAUAAAACGUAUCUCACCUGAUGCUCACAAUUGGGUCAUUGAAAGCGAGCCAGCGCACUGGGCUAACGCCUUUUUUGGAGGAGCAAGGUAUAAUCACAUGACAUCAAACUUUGGGCAGCAGUUCUACAGUUGGGUAUCAGAGGCACAUGAGUUGCCAAUAACACAGAUGAUUGAUGUAUUAAGAGGCAAGAUGAUGGAAUCAUUCUAUACACAUCGAGUUGAUUCCAACCAAUGGACAACGAAACUAACACCAUCUAAGGAAGAACAGCUUCAGAAAGAGACUUUAACUGCUCAAUCCCUUCAAGUGUUGGUCUUACAUGGUGGCUCAUACGAGGUUCGGGGAGAAUCUGGAAGUGUGGUUGUUGAUAUUGACAAUUGGGAUUGUAGCUGCAAGGGUUGGCAACUUACAGGCUUGCCUUGCUGCCAUGCUAUUGCUGUAAUGGAAUGCACUGGUAGGAGCCCUUAUGAUUAUUGCUCUAGAUACUUCACCGUGGAGACUUACCGGCUAGCUUACGCUGAGUCAAUUAUGCCCGUUCCAGACGUGGACAAACCAGUUGUGAGUGAUUCAAAUCAGGCAUUAGUUACUGUGACACCACCUCCGACGAAAAGACCCCCAGGGAGGCCAAAGAUGAAGCAGGUUGAAUCAUUAGACAUUAUUAAACGCCAGCUACAAUGUAGCAAGUGCAAAGGCCUUGGCCAUAACAAGAAGACUUGCAAAAGUUCUUAGUUGUUUAGUUUAGUUUAGCACACACAUGUUAGGAUUGGAUUUUGUAAGUAGGUCGUUUUUCUUUUUUCUUCUCUCCUGAUGUAAAUGGAUUCUGAAAUUUUUGAUGGGGUAUUUUAAUUUAUGCACUUUGCGAGCUUAAGUUGAGAUUAGCGUAGGAAAGCUUUUUGUUUGUAACAACAAUUUGGUCUAUUAAUCAUCUCAUUUUUUUACUCA